CACACGGACUGUUUUCAUCGAUGCACCACAGACCUGUCAGGACCAUGGUCAGGAUAGGCAUUAGUUUCCUCGGCAGUAUGAUUCAUAAUACUAUUGCAAUGUGUUACUAAUUUGAAAUAAGGCACUACUUAGAUAAAUAUGUAGUAGUAGUGAUGUAUUACGCUGGUGUAUCAGUUUUGUUUUAAUUAUAACCUCCACGAAGAUCUUUGUUUUAGAGGCUACCAAGGAUGGCCCAUUCAGACAGCAAAGUUCUGGUUCUGGGUGCCUUGGCUGGAGUGGCUGGCAUCGGCUUGGCAGUGGCAUGUUAUCAGGGCUUCAAGAUGAGACGGAGAGCUUCAAUGCCAGCACAAUACCUGUACCAUAAUAAUGAACUUGCGACUGGCAUGAUGUUUAUUGAUAGUCCAUGUCAGCCCGGACCUCAGGUUGAGGUGUUGCAUCGCCUGGAGGCCCUAAUUCAGUGUGUGUCAGAGCUGAAAGAAGAGAUGAAGGCUUUGAAGAAUGCCAUUCCAGUGGUGCAUGGUCAAGUCAGCGAAGAGCUGGGGGGAGGUGAUAGGACAGAAGCACGUCGAGCUGCUGCUCCUCACAGGAACACGCCAACACGGAGGAAAAGGGCUGCAGGGAGCAUCGCUGGUGCCAUAGGAGGGGGGCGGAGCUCUGAAGAAGCAGAGAGUGAAGGAGGGUAUAUAACCGCACUGACAGACUCCGAUGAAGAAGAGCAAAGCAAUGAUGAACAAUGGGAGGAAAGGAAGGACACAACUAACAAAUUAGCGGACCUACUUGAAAGGAUCGACUCUUUGCAUCAGGGGACAGAAGCUGAAAAAAGGGAAAGCCUCUGUAUCCUAACAGCAAGACGAGAAGAGUUUGGACAGAACUCAACAUUUCUAUGGCGGCUAAUCAGAGCUUACUGCGAUGUUCAUGAUAUCAGCUCCACACUAGAAGAAAAGAAGGAAAUUGCAGAAACUGGAAAGCAGGUUGGCGAGGAGGCAGUGGCACUGAACCCGACCUGUGCUGAAAGUCAUCAGUGGUAUGCCAUCAUGUGUGGUAUUUUGGCAGAAUAUGACACAAUGCAGAACAAGAUCAAGAAUGGCUAUAUUUUUAAGGAUCAUCUGGAUAAAGCAAUCGAGUUGAAGCCUCAAGACCCCAUGUCCUACUACCUGUUGGGCCGCUGGUGCUACGCUGUGGCUCAAUUAUCCUGGAUCGAGAGGAAAGUUGCUGCUGCAUUAUUUGGGGAGCCUCCCAGUGCCUCCAUUGAAGACGCAUUGGCAAAUUUUCUGAAGGCUGAAGAAAUCCAUCGAGGAUAUUCCAAACUCAACUAUGUAUUUCUUGCUAAGUGCUAUAGAGAUUUGGGACAUAGAGAAAAGGCGAGGAAAAUGUUUGAAGCUGCUUGUUCAAUCCAAGCUGUCUCAAAAGAGGAUGAAGAAGCACAGAAGGAGCUGGAACUUCUUUUCCCUGAACUCCAAGUGUAACACCUGGCAGACCAAUUGUUAUAGGUCCGUGCGUGUGCAUGUGCGUACGUGAGCACAUAGAGAGCAACAUCAAAUAAGGUGACGACUUGUCCAGGGUCUACGCUGCCUUCUGACCGAGUGCAACUGCGAUAGGCUUCAGCCCCCUGCCACCCCGAAAGGAACAUGUGGUAGAAAAUGGAAGUAUGGAUGAAAGCAUUUGUUGUCAUCAAUCAAGCAAAUAGGCAGCUUGAGUCUGAGCCAUCAUGCAGUUUUUAGUGUAAAAUAUAUAUUAUAAUUUGGGCUGUCAAAAAAGGUAUUUUUGUCUGUAUUUAACUACGCUAACAUUUUGGACUUCAGUAGUGCAUGCGCAUAAUGAAAAUAAUCAUGAAAAUUGGAAUAAUCUAGACAGACGUGAAUGGUGAUUAUUCAUGAUAUAAUAAUUGGAAAGUGUGAUUACUCCGUUUUUUUUAUAGUCAUUUGAGUUCAUGAAAUCAUGAAAACAUAGCCGGCGUGGUGUGUCCCUUGUAGUACUUGUGUUGCUUCAGUGUGCAUCAUUUCCAAUGGGAAAGUGAGCCUUGUUGGUCCAUUCUUGUGUCCUGUUAGUGUUGCUACCCAAAUUCAACUCAAUUCAAAAACUUAAUGUAUCUUUUAGGAACUUCAGGUGUGAGAUUCAGGAGCAUAGAAAAAAAGCACAAAGUAAAUUCUACAGAGUCAUGAGUCUACAACCAAAGCAGAGAUCUGCUACAAUGGUUGGUUACCCGCACACAACUUUUAUCACAUACCUGAUUUUUUUAAAUUACUACACACACACACGCACAGAUUGUUGCUUCUGGCUUUUGUCUACACUCAAAUGGGUGACAUUUAUUAAUGGAUUUUUUUUUUAUCCGUCACACACUCACUUAGCUGGAAUUGCAUCUAAUUGCACUUGCGACCAUUAAUCAAAUCAACACAUCACAGCUGUAGCCUUGAUUUACUAAAGUAGAACUAUGCACCACUGACAAAUAUGUGCAGCAGAGAUCAUAUCUUUCGAUAUUUUGGGCACGAUUGCCAAUUUACAGUAGUCUUUAAAUACAGCAUAACAAAGUCAUGUAGUAUUUUGGAAUUGUUUCUGUGGCCGGUAUGGUUUCUUUGUUUUGGACACUCUCUAAAAAGAUACAUAAAGGAACAUCACCUGGUGUCAUUUGCACCAUUCCACAAGGAGUAGGAAGAAGCAGGGUUGAUUUAUUUCUACCCUUUUCUAUAUCUUUAGCUAAUAAUUAAUUUACAUUAUAUAUUUUUCAUGAAUGGAAAAGUGAUGACGGAAGAAAAUGAGUUUGCAGGUUAACCAUUUUCUGUAGCAGAAGACAAUUUUGUUUUAAUUUUGUGGGUUGUGAGUGAAUGUUGAAUUAUUAGGUUUGGUGGUGGUAAUUUUUGGACUGUUUUAUUCAUUCCGAAUUGUUUUCAUGGCUCUGCUGUCAAUGUAAACUUGAUGCAGGUAAGGUGUGCAUUAGUUUUUUUUUCUUUGGGUUUGUUUCAUGUUUGCAAUCAUUUAAAGUCGGAUUUUUUUAUUUUUAAGUAAUUAUUUGUCUCUUCAAACAUGUGUACAUGUAUGUUGAGUAAGGGCUGGGCGAUGUGGCUUUUUUUUUUUAAUAUAUCUAUAUUUUUUAGGCCAUAUCGCGAUACACGAUAUAUAUCUUGAUAUUUUGCCUUUGCCUUGAAUGAACACUUGAUACAUAUAAUCACAGCAGUAUGAUGAUUAUAUGUGUCUACAUUAAAACAUUCUUGUUCAUACUGCAUUAAUAUAUGCUCAUUUUAAACUAUCAUGCAGAGAGGGAACUCACAACUAAGUCAAUUGACCAAAACUGUCAAUAUUCUGGUUUUGUUCCGUUUUUGUAUCACAUCUUGUUAGUGUUUGACUUCCUUAGUUCCUGUUUGUUCGGUUGCCAUGGUCACGCAUUAGUUUCACCUGCUUCUUGUUUCCGGACUCUCACCUGUUUUUAAUUGCUCCCCUUAUCUAAGCCUGCCUUUUCAGUUGAUUCGUCCUCGCUUCCUAUCAUAUCACAACAACACUAAAUUAAAAUGCACUUUUUGUACAGAACGCCACUACAAUAGUUUAAAACAAGUAAAGUGCACUUUAGUGCAUGAUGUCACACAAAAUAUUUCAAUAAGUGUCAAAGAAAAAUUAGCUGCAUAAUAGCAAAUCAAAUAGUGUAUGUCCUUUGCAAUGUGGUAGUUUACUGCGGACAUUAUCUCCUUUUGUUGUUGACUGUUUUUUUCAUACGGUGUUGAUCUGGAAAUGUUUGCCUCGGCAUUUUGAUGGUGUGGGCAUGUGGCACUGAAUGGAGAUGUUGAAAUGCCGAGUAAGCACAUUUUUUAGCAUGUGACUUUUCAAAUGCUACUUUUGGUAUAGAUAGAUAGAUAGUACUUUAUUGAUUCCUUCAGGAGAGUUCCUUCAGGAAAAUUAAAAUUCCAGCAGCAGUGUACAGAGUUGAGAUCAAUUUAAAUAAAAGUCAAAAGUAAAUAAUGGGGGUUUAAAUGGAAACAAAAUAGAGAAAUAUUACAAUAAGAAUAAAAACUAAAAAGCAACAAUGGGAAUAAAAAUAUAACAGUAAAAUAAGAAUAUAACAAGACAAAGUAGGCAGUAGUGACCAUGUUAUAAAAACGUAUUGCACUGUUAUUGUUUUGCAUCCCCUGUCAUCCUAGUACCCCCCGCCCCAGAGAGGAGUUGUACAGUCUAAUGGCGUGUGGGACAAAGGAGUUUUUGAGUCUAUUAGUCCUGCACUUGGGAUGGAGCAGUCUAGCACUGAACAGGCUCCUCUGGCUACUGAUAACGCUAUGCAGAGGGUGACUGGCAUCAUCCAGGAUGCUUACUAGUUUGUCAAAAGUCCUCUUCUCUGCCACUGUCACCAGUGUGUCCAGUUUCAUUCCGAUUGUAGAACCGGCCCGCCUGAUCAGUUUCUCAAGUCUGGAGUUGUCCUUCUUAGAUGUACUGCCCCCCCAGCACACUACCAUGUAGAACAGAACACUGGAACCACAGACUGGUAGUACAUCCACAGGAGUUUUUUGCAGAUGUUGAAGGAGUGCAGUCUCCUAAGGAAGUACAGCCUGCUCUGUCCUUUCUUGUACUGAUGGUCCGUGUUAACAGUCCAGUCCAGCUUAUUGUCCACCCAAACCCAGAGGUACUUGAAUGAGUCCACGGUCUGUACCUCAACUCCCUCGAUCACAAUAGGUUGUGACCGUGGACUCGACAUCCCCAAGUCAAUGACCAGCUCCUUGGUCUUUGAUGGAUUGAGCUGCAAGAGGUUCGUGUGGCACCAGACAACAAAGUCCCUCACCAGAUUCCGAAACUCCUCCUCUCUGCCGUCCCUGAUGCACCCGACGAUGGCUGUGUCAUCCGCGUACUUCUGGAUGUGACACAGCUCUGAGUUGUAGCAGAAGUCAGCGGUGUACAGGGUGAAGAGAAGAGGGGGCUAGCACCGUUCCCUGCGGUGCUCCGGUGCUGCUGAUCAUUGUGUCAGACGUGAUGUCCUUCAGUCUGACGUACUGUGGCCUGUCGGUGAGGUAGUUGAAAAUCCAGGCAACCAGGCAGGGGUCCACUCGCAUUUUGUAGAGCUUGUCCUGAAGGAGGCGGGGCUGGAUGGUAUUAAAGGCACUCGAGAAGUCCAGGAACAGGAUCCUCACAGUGCCAUUUCCCUUAUCCAGGUGUGAGUGGGCUCGAUGCAGCAGGUAAAGGAUAGCAUCCUCCACACCAACGCCUGCCUGGUACGCAAACUGCAGGCUGUCCUGGUCAUGUUGCACCUGUGGUCUGAGGAGGCUGAGAAAGAGCCGCUCCAAUGUUUUCAUUAGAUGAGAGGUGAGCGCCACUGGUCUGUAGUCGUUCAGCUCACUGGGGCAGUUCUUUUUGGGAACUGGAACGAUGCAUGACGUCUUCCAGAGGGUGGGCACUCUUCCCAGCUGCAGGCUGAGGUUGAAGAUCCUUUGAAGUGGUUCACCCAGUUCUGCAGCACAGGUCUUCAGGAGUCGGGGGCACAGCUUGUCUGGGCCUGCUGCUUUCUUUGGCUGUAGCUUCCUCAGUUGACCUCUGACCUGGUCCGCAGAGAUGACUAAUGUCUGCGUAGAGGUGGUGGAGGGGGGUGCUGCCAUGGCUGGGGGGAAAGUUCGUUGAGGGGAGCAGAAGAGGGGGUGGCUGUGAUGGGGAGUGGGGGAUGGAGAGGACACGGGCUGGUUAAACCGGUUGAAGAAGUUAUUCAUCUCAUUGGACCUCUCUAUUGUCCCCACAACAUCUCUGGUCUUUGUCUUGUGGCCUGUGAUGGUUUUCACACCUUCCCAGACCUCCCUCAUGUUGUUCUGCUGCAGCAUCUGCUCCAGCUUCUUCCUGUAGCUGUCCUUAGCCUCCCUCACGCGUCGUUUCACCUCCCGCUGUGCUGCUCUCAUUGCCUCCCUGUCUCCACUCCUGAAGGCAGCUUUCUUUUUGUUGAGGACAGCUGUAACUUGUUGUGUUACCCAGGGUUUGUUAUUAGGGUAGCACCGAACAGUCUUAGCAGGGCAGAUCAAUGUCCUCACCCUGUGGAAGCAGCACGUCCCAGUCUGUGGUGUUGUAGCAGUCUCUGAGGGCAUCUUCCAAUUCAGGGGACCACUUCCUCACAUAGCAAGUGUUAACAGGCUGUCUUUGGACCAUGGGGGUGUAUUUUGGCCGCAAAUGAACAAGAUUGUGGUCAGACUUCCCUAGUGGGGAGAGGGGUGUGACCUUGUAUGCAUCCCUGACAUUAAAAUACAGUAGGUCAAUUGUCCUGUUGUUUCUCGUGGGACAAUCCACAGCCUGGUAAAAAGCAGGUAACGUUGAGUCCAAAGUAGCAUGAUUGAAGUCCCCAGAAAUGACGAAAAAAGCCUCAGGCUGUUUUGUCUGUAGCCUUGAUGUGAUGGCGUGGAUCUUCUCACAUGCAUUGGCAGCAUCUGCCCUCGAGGGAAUGUAAACACAGAGGGAGAUCACGUGAUUGAACUCCCUCGGCAGGUAGUAUGGCCGGAGGCUAACAGCUAGUAGCUCCAGGUCCGGGCAACACAAGACUUUCUUCACAGAGAUGUGUCCUGGGUUACACCAACGGUUGUUAACAUAUAUGAUGAGUCCCCCACCUUUUCUUUUCCCACAUGCUUUCGUGUCUGUCAGCUCUCACUGCGGUGAAUCCCUGCAGGUCCACGUUAGCAUCCAGUACCAGGUGGUUUAGCCAUGUUUCCGUGAAGAUGAGCAGGCUGCUCUCUCGAUACGCACGCUGGUUUUUUAGUCCAUGAAGCUCAUCGAUCUUGUUCGACAGCGAAUUCACAUUCCCCAUGAUGACGGAAGGAAUGGAUGGUUUGUAGCGCCGUCGAUUUUCCUCACGCUUAGCCUUUAGCUUAGCUCCCGCUUUGCAGCCCCGAGGAUUCUUCCUUAGCUCCGCUGGAAUGGAGUGUCGAACACCAGUUCGCCCCAUCAUUUUCAGACUGAGCAGCUCCUCUCUCGAAUAAGAAAGAAAGCUGCUUCCUAGUCUUUUAAAACUGCCAAAAGUAUCCAUUGGAUAUAUACAGGGAUUCACUGUCUUCAAGGAAAACAUAAAAAAGAUAAAAGAUAAAAUGUAUGUUUGUAAGAUAUAAUAAAUAAUAAUUAUAAUGCUUGUGCCCCACACUUGACAAAUUAAAGUUGUCUAUUCGACAUAUUCCUGCUUGAAGCCGAAUCAGCGCCAGACGAUGGAGUCCUUGCUGGUUUUCUUGGGAAUUAAUUCUUCCUUCAUUUGUUACCAGAUUCCCACCUUCUCUCUCUCGUAUUACCACUCGCACGGCUUCGCUAGCAUCACAGCUAACCUUACCCAUGCUGCUACCUCUCUGCUCCAUGAGGGGGUAUACGUAUGUGAUGUGACAGUAUGUGACGUAUGUAAGAAGGUGCGCUUACUGUCUGUGAGAAGGAGACACAAGAAGGAGUGGGAAGAGCCUGUAGUGUAAUGCCCGCAGCUAAAAGCAACUGCGUGAGAACGUAUAGUCGAAUAUCACGAUGUAGUCAUUUUAGUUUAGUUUAGUUUAGUUUAGUUUAGUUUAGUUUAGUUUAGUUUAGUUUUCUAUAUCUAUAUCGCACAGAGACAAAUCCGCAAUAUAUCGUGUAUAUCGAUAUAUCGCCCAGCCCUAUGUUGAAUGUAUUUUAUUAUCAAGAUGAAAGGUUUUAAAGGUGCAGGUACACUACAUGGAGGCGCUACUUUCAGUGUUUCCCACACCAUUACAAUCUAUUUAUGGCAGUGGUGGGUUGUGGACGUGGAGUGGGCAAUUUGUUUAUAUUUGGCCAUGUGGUGUGAUGUGGCAUUUUCAAAAAGUAUGUAUAAACAUGGAAAUCAAAACCAA